CUGAGACUACCGGCCUUCUGGCAGGUAGGCUGUUGCCAUGCAGGCGUCUAUGGUGUUUUCGCAACCCUGCCAAUGGCCGUUCCCUAGCUACAACCGGCCUUACCUAACGGCGGAAUGAAAAAUUGGCGACUAAUUUCAUGACCGACAACAGAACUCAACCCCCCAAGGAGCUAGCAACAGUUGAAACAGACGAUACGAUCCUGAGGUAAAUCAGACGACUUUCUUUACCUCAGAGAGAGGACAGGCGAUAACGCCCCAGCAAGGAGACAAAAAUAGCAAGGGUUGGCUUUAGUUGAACAAAUGUGUCUACGAAGGUCGAAUUCAAACCCCAAGGCCACCCAGCACACAGGUUCAGGGCACCUGAAGAAAAGUGACCAUGGAGGGUAAACAGACAUACAGUGACACGAAGUGAGCAAGAACGUCGAGUCAGAGGACACAAGGGUAAAAAUGGAAACUGAAAAGUUGAACAUCUCACUUCAGUGAACGACAACAAUGUUAAACCAGCGCGCCAACGCGCAACAGCCGCGCAAAGCGGACGAGGAGGCCUGGAAGAAGUUCAAAAAGGAAAGGGACUUGGCCUUAAAGAGGGAGGAAGCGGCCAAAAACUUGAGCCACCUCAUAGCCUAUAAGAAGGACAAGAGAGUACGGGAACUCAAGGAUAAACAGAAACAGAAGGACGCGGAAAAUUUGGUUCUUGGUAAGUCGGUAAAAAGACUUAAGGGCGAUUUGAAAGACACCGUUAAAGGAAGGAGCAAACUAGAACAGAAGCUAAGACAGGAACUUAAAGCACUGAGAGAGCAAAAUAAAAAGCUGCAAAAGGAGUUGGUCGUUUUAAAAGAAGCAGAACCCAGCAAAGGCAAGAAAAGCAAAAAAGAAAGAGGGGAAAGGGUGGAAGAAAAUGCAAUGUUUUACAGUUAUGCGACAGAAGAUGACGAACUAGACUUUGAAACAGACGACGAAUCGAGGGUACCAAACUUGAAACGGGACAGUAAAUUGCAAAAGGUGGAACAAAGAAAGAGGGUUGACAGACAGGUACCAAAGGGAGCUAGUAAAAACGCGUCGACAAAACCAACGAAAGAAAACAAGAAAGACAGAAGACAGUCAAAGGAUGAAGUAAAAAGACCGACGUCGUCAAAGAAGAAAGCAAGAAAACACAGUGCAAAGGCACAAAGAGACGCAAACCGUCAAAAUAGACCGAGAAGUCGGGAAGAAAAUGAGAGAAAGCAAGCUGCACGUCCCGGAGACCAUGUAAAGAAACAAAACAGACCAAGAACUCGUGAAGAAAAUGAGAGAAGGCGAGAAGCAAGGAAAAACAGAUCUAAACGCACAGCAAAACAUCAAGACGACGGGUUCGAUUCUUAUUCGGAUGACGACUUUGAGGACACAGAAAACGAAGGUGAGUCCAAUCGUCAAAAUAUCGGUGAGAAAAAGUCCAAACAAAGCACAAACAAUACUCGUAAGGGUCAGUCAGAGGCCAAGACGGAAAGAACAAAGGAGCGAGAAAAUAAAGGAGCUUUCAGAGAAAAGAAUGAUGGGACAGAUGGCGACAGGCCCACCAAAGGGGGCGACCGAAAGGUUAGGGGUCAAGACGAGGACCUGUCAGACCGUCAGGCGCGCAGAACCAAAAGAGAGACGAAUGGAAGGUUAAUUGUGGAUAAUGGGGAAACGAGCGACAGUGGAGCAAACAAUGAUGGAGACCGUCAAGUGGGGAGAAGAAAGGAGGCGGCGGGGAAAACAAGACGGCGAGAGGGGAAGGGGGGCGAAGCUCUAGUGACGUCAGAUUCGGAGUUGGAGGAGAGUGAAGAGAGUUCAAGGAGGAAAGGGCAAGACAGAGGGAAAAGAGACAAGGGUAAAGGCGACAAAUACACUGACAGUGAAGUUACUGAAGGCUACGAAAGACAAACAGAAUACGACAAAGGCGGUGGCAACAAAAAUGACCGUAAAGCUAAGCAAGUAAGCCAUUCCGAAAAACAGAGAACAAGCCAAGUUGCACAAGACAGCAGUUCGGCCACGGAAUCAGACAGAGACCAACAGCACCACAGUGAACAGCGCAGGAAAACUAAAACACAUAACCGUACGGAUGACGACCAUGGUCUACCCCAAAUAACAUUAACAGAUGACAAGAACAAGGUUAGCCUGAUAUCCAAACAGAGUUUGACUAAGCCACCGACGCUCGAUUUCCGAAGCGAACUUCAUGAAAGUGCGGACGACAGACAUGAAAGAGAUGACAGAAAGAGACUUGGGAACAAGCACAAAUCACGUGAUGAUCAUGUGACAAACUCAAUUGACGUUAUAGGUAAUGAAGCCCAUCAAACUUCUUAUGGUAAGUCGUAUGAACCUGAAAAUAGCACAUAUGGACCAUCAUUUUCUCAAAGUCAUCGAAGACGAGAAGAACAGUUUGCUGGUAGCGGGGUUCAACACUCCGACAUGAAAACAGAUCUUUCCUACAAAAAGAGGUUAGUCAACAAAUCUGAGUGGGAAAAGUUCCUGUCAGAAAACGCUGCCCAUGUCAGCGGCGUGAAGGGCAUGGACGGUAAGAAUCGUCCAGAUGUCGUCAUGACAACGCAUGGAAACUCGUUCCCAAUGUCCUAUCCGCCGAACAUCACUAACCAAUCCCCCGGACAUUUUGGUAACUCUUUAAGGCACAAAAAGUCUCACUACAACGGAAUCAGUGUGCCCGGUGACAAACCUGUAUUUCCUACGGGAAGGAGAACAAAAAAUUCCCGCAAAACUGACGACGAUUUCUCAGACGACACUGAGGAAAGCUCUGACGUCAUUGACUCGUUCAUGGGUUCGCCCGUGGACGUGAACGCUAAGAUCAGACAGUACAGAGAGCGCGCGGAGAAGAUUGACGUACAACUGAGACGGAAUCAACGGGUGGGGAUGUUCGCCGUGCAGCCUCCUGGGAAAACUGUGAAGGACCGGAGAGUCUACCCCACGACGAGGAUCUUGUUUAGAACUUACCGUAACCCGGGGCAACCAAGAGCAACCUUAUAAAGACAUACAGAAAUUACAUAAUUGUUUCCGUACAGCCUGAUGGAAAGACUGAUAGGAUUAUAAGGACAAACAUAGAAAAACUGAGAAAGAUAGAAAUUAGAUAGCAUGUGAAAACUCGCAAUUCCUAAGCGAUUAACGUUAUAUCAGUAGAAUUUGGUGAAUGUUGCAAUAAAAGCAAUGCAUCAAUCAUAUCAUGUUGUUAUUCAGUAAUAUAGCGUUAUCAAAUUAUAAAGAUAUAUUUUUGAUACGCGAUAAAAAAAUUGAGAAUCGCUAGUGUUGCUUCUAAUGCUUUUAUAUAGAUAACGUUACUUCUCUAUCGUUUGUUGUUUUAUUUAUAUUUGAUAGAUAUCUACACGUGCACGUCGUUUCAUUCACGUCGUAAAUAUGUUUAACGUUAUUUAAAAAGGCAAACAUAAUACAAUUAAUACUGUUUAUUAUACAGAGAAUGUUUUACUUUCUAAGUUAUCAACAUAACUAGUUUGUUAAUUUGUUUUCAUGUCUUCGACGUUUAUUUUAUGUAUAUCCUGUUGCGACGAAUGAUACUUGAUCUGAUCUGAUGAGUUAAAAAUAUCCCUAUCGGCUAUACUAGCACAUAAUUACUUACUGAGGUUCAAUACAAAGGAAAUAAA